AUGCAUAGGCGCAGGCUACGGAAGUGCCCGGGAGACACUGGCAGCAAAACACGGAGACAAGGUCACGUCACUCAGAGGCACGCGCGAGUCCAACGCGGCCUCAGAGCCAGGAGCGAUAGUGACAUUACGAAUCGAAGAGUUCUUGGGCUCCGAGGAUGGACGUCAACUUUGGUGGGGUGGCGCCAAGCACGAAUGGUGAUCAGUCUGGCAGACGCGCUGGAGCAGUUUGUUCUGGCAAGUAGGGCAGGAUCUCUGCGAUGGAUGCAAGAAUCGCCGGAGGCGAGGCUACGAUGGGGACUGACGCCCCUUAACGAGGAGGUGGCAGACCAGCUGGCAGCAGCCUUCCGCACAGCAGCAGGAACCUACCAGGGUGGAUGCGGACCCGAGGGCGGGGAUCCAGUGAGAGGGCCCGAUGGAGAAACCGGAAUGGAGAAGGAACAUGUAGAAAGGUGGGCCGCGGACCUAGCCGACCUGAGUACAGAACCAUUCGCGAGGAUAGAAGCCGUGCAGCACGAGCGGCUGACGGAUAUGAUGCAUUACAUGCGGGCCCAACAUAGGAGACUUAUAAUGUAUGCCCGGGCUCAUGGUCUCUCACCAUUUUCGCACUUUGGAAACGCCCUAGCAAAUUCUGGACCGAUCGUACAGUUCAGUACCAGUGGCAACGAUCUAAUAACCAGCCGCAUUGCGCUCACGCCUAGCAACCUCCUCGUGCUCCAUUCGCUCACGCUGGGCCUCGACAACAGCAUCAUCAAGCCUGGUGCAACUCCAGCUAGGUCGCUCACCGGAGCGUUUGGUGCUAGCGGUUUCAUCCCGUAUUGA